AUGACUCUCACUUCCCUCGCCUCUAACAAAAUCUUAAACACUUGGGCCCUCGGAAAAGCUUCCGCUGCUUCCCCUUCAACCCCCUCGGCCCCAGGACCCAUCGAUCCCGCUGCUCCUACUGUCUUCUUCCUCCACGGCUUGGGCUCUUCUCAAAACUUCUACUAUGCUCUUCUCGAGAAAUAUGUCCUUCCCAAAGCUAACGCCGUCCUCAUGGACACCGAAGGAUCAGCACAGUCCCCACUCUCAAACCCAGCUGUCCCGCCCACCGCAGAAUCAAUCAUCGACGACGUCUACGCUGUCCUUAGUCACUACAAUAUUUCACACGAUGUCACCCUCGUCGGCCAUUCUAUGGGUGGAAUGCUUGUUCUGCGCGCCGCUGAAGACCCAAGAGGAAAGGGUCUAGUCGAAAAGGUCAUUGGUGUCGGCCCCGUCCACCCUUCUCCAGGCCUCGGUUCCGUUUUUGGGGCCAGAAUCAAGGCUGUCGAAGAGGCCGGAAAUGUCCUCGCCCUAGCAGAUGCUAUUUCCGGAGGCCCUGCACUGGGCUCUGCAGCUCUACCUCUCCACAGGGCAUUUGUCCGUGCCCUUGUGUCUCAGCAAUCGGCCCCAGGGUACGUGGCCAUGUGCAACGUCAUUGUCAACUCCAAACCCGCCCAGUACGACGCCAUCCAACAGUCUGUCCUGUUAAUCACCGGCGCAGAAGAUACCAGUGCCCCAUACAAGGGCUGUGUUGAGAUCAUUGAGCAAGGUUUAAAGAAUGUUAAGCGUGAAGUUCUUGAGGGGGUUGGUCACUGGCAUGCCAUCGAGGCUCCUGAAAAGGUUGGUGAGUUGAUUGCAAACUUUUUGUAA